AUGCAGUUCACCACCAUCGCUCUCGCUCUCAGCAGCUACGGCCUCACUCUGGGUGCCGCCGUCGACAGCCUCACCGUCACCCCCGGCAUCGCCAUCCACGUCCCCGGCACUCCUGUCGCCACUACUCUGAACAUCUCGCAAGUAGCCGGCCCUGUGGAGCGCAGCGUUGAGAAGCGCGGCAACGGCAACUUCUACGUCUGCACUGACAAGAACUUCGGCGGCAUCUGCCAGAACCUCGCUUUCACCACCGACGUCUGCUGUAAGCAUGCCAUGUUCAGAAUCCCUUGUUCGCGCCCCGUGGCUAACACAUGCAUAGACACCUUGGCCUCCCCCUUCCAGGACAGCAUCAGCUCCGCUGGCCCCGAUUCUUACGCCUGCAGUGUGUACCAGGACAACGGCUGCAACGGAAACAACAUCCUGAUCACCAAGCCCGGCAUCAACAACCUCGCUGAUUUCAACUUCAACGACAUCAUCAGCUCUUACCGCUGCCACAUCUAA